UCUGACCGUUAAAAACAAAGUAAAUAUAGAGCAGUAUCUGUACUUGACCCAUAAUUGCACAUGCUUUAUCAAUGGUAGGUCUGACUGUCUGAGGUUUGACCCGCGACAUAAUUAGUAUCAGACUACCAGCUAAAUAGCUAAGACCAUCUCCAAUGGAUAUGUUAAAUCCACGUGGAGACCUCUAACAGCUAGAAAAGACAUCUGCAACCUCUCCAACCCAUGGGUCUUAUCUGACGCGUAAAUGACAUUUUCAUUUGGGCUGUCAAAUUUGACAGAGGCAAAGGGAACUGUCUUUUAUUUUUUAUUGUUUCUUCCUCUUUCCUACUCUUCUCUGAUUCUCUCUCUUUCUUCCUGAGCGUCUUUCUGUAACUAUGGAGAAACCCAAUCGUUUUCCCAUUGCAAUUCCCAGUCCCUUGCUUGUAACAAACAAUGAAUUUGAGGAGGAAGAAGAAGGCUCCUUCAAUUUGGAAAUUAGUACAUAAUCAAACACUGAAACCCACCAAGAAAGUCCCAAGCUUUACUCAAAAGAAGCCAAAACAGAACCAACCCUUUCUGUUUCUCCUCCUCUUGAUUCAAUUCCGAAAGGAAAAUCAUGUUAAUUAAAUCCAUUUGCAAGCCUCAGUUCCCCAUUACUAUACUCAACUCAGCUCCAAAGUUUGGAUGUUCGAUUUUUAGAAAAUCCAAAUCAACCCAUACCAAAAUGCAGACCUUCAGAUUCAAUUCAAAUUUGGGAAUAAAGAGAGAAAGUUCAAAGUCAUCCAAAAAUGAUUGAAAUCAGAUAGGGAGGAACUUACCCAGCCAUGGGUAAACGACGAUUGACGAUGGAAGACCACCGACUUUGUGCCUCUUCAAGUUUCUGCAAUUGACCUAUAGGCUAUAGCCUAGAAUACCCAGCCAAGGGUGGAAUCUAAUGGCUGUUGAAAGUUUGGGUCCCUUGGGAUUGAAAAGCUAUCUCAUGCAACUGGAGAAGAACGUACAACAAGAGAAACAGAGAAGAAGAAGGAGAAGAAGAGUGAACAUGACUUUAACCACGAAAGAGGAGAGACAAGAAGAAAGAGGAAAAGUGAUUUUUUUAUAUAAAAAUUCUGAAAAAAAUAAUAAAAUAAUAUCUAAAUUUAACACAUCUAUUGAAGUAUAAAUUUGUCAAAAAUAACAUCUGCCACAUCACCCUUCAAAUUCAAAUUUGACACAAGUAUUUUGACUAUACCAUUAGAGAUGCUCUAAUGCAACUUAUACCGACUUUAUGUAGUUGUAGAGCGAAAUACACUAUUAGAGUUUGGGACCGUUUACGAUUUUUAAUUUAAUAAAUAAAAUUUAGUGUGUUCGAGUUUCAACUCGUACUAAUUUAUGGUUAAUAGAUUUGAGGGAUCUUGGGUUCAUGACUUGCGUGGGAUUAAUUCUGACUUUUUUGAGAUACAUUCGUAGAUCUUAGAUUGAAUAUUAAUUUGAUGAGUGUAUUAUUAUUUUGCUGACAUAAAUUAAAGUGAUCAGCUAUCUCACAUUCAAUAAAAUAAAAUAAAGUGUUUUUGGUAAAAAUUGCCUUUAAAAACUACUUUUUGCCUUGUGAGAAGUAAUUCUAAAUUUCCUAAAUUUUAUUACAUGGCUGUCUAAAGUCCAAACCCUAGACCUCCAUGCUACCAGCUGCGCCCUCCGUGCCCAAAGAGCAAAAGUGGCAGUGCACGUGUCCCAAUGACCUAUACCCUCCCUGAUUUGUCAGGCUCCAAUACGCGCGUCACGCCCUCAAAAAUAUUAAAAAAAAGAAAUCGUUGCGGGACUUUCGAAGUUUCUAUUUUGCUUUCUCCCUCCGGCAUGCCCCUUUCAUUAGUUUUUGCUGUUUUGGUAUAAAAGCCUUGGCAACUCGAAUAUCCAAUCUCCAAAAGCUCACAGUUCCAUUAUUAAUGGAUUCACCAACCCCCUCAAGAUCUGUUCCUUCUCUCACCAACACCAUUCUCUCUCAAAUUCUCUUCUUCUUCGUCUGAUUCGCACCCAUGGCAUCUCACUCCCUCAAUCUUCGCCACCUCUACCCUCUCCAGCUCCCUCGCCCCCACCGCCGCUCCUCAUUUCGCGCCGUCGAUCGCCUCCGAUCCUGUUCCGGCUUCUCGCCGUUGAUUGGGUUGCGAAGAGGUGGAUGCCGCUUUGGUCAUGGUCGUGUUCGUUAUGGAGCCUUUGAUGUGGAUUUUGGUGAUGUUUCGCCGGUUGAGGAUUGGGGUAAUAACCAGGAAGAGACUGCAGAACACGUGAGUUUUUCCAGCGAUGGUGACGAUAGUGAUGCCGAGUUUGUAGUGUCUCCUCAGUCUGAUAUUGAUUUGCCUGCUAUUACUAAACAAACUGACGAUGCUCUAACUGUGAGUGCUUAUCGGCUUGCGAUGCUUGGGCAUAAGCGCAAGAAACACAGGAUCAGACAAGGAGUAUUACUCAACACGGGACUGAUAAUGUUCCUGGUAGUGGUGCUUCUAUAUGUGGAUUGGUGUGCUUGGCGGAUUGUUAGACUACCUUUGGCACCCUUCCACUUGACUUGCCCCUUCGUUAUAUCAGCCAUUUUGGCCUCUUGUGCAGGAUAUGUUUGUGUUCCACUGCUCUAUAGCUUGAAGAUUCAUCAAAUUAUCAGAAAAGAAGGUCAUGUAAGGCACUCCUUGAAAAAAAGAACUCCCACAAUGGGUGGACUGUUCUUUGUACCAAUUGGUGUCAUUGUCGCAAGGUUCACUUCUGGUUUUUCUUCCGUUGAAGUGUGUGGGGCAGCUACAGCAACUCUUGCAUUUGCUGCUAUUGGACUACUUGAUGAUAUCAUAUGCUUGAUAAAGAAUCAGAAUAGUGGUCUAUCUGCAUGGAUAAAAAUUAUUUUGGAGGUAGCUGUUGGAACCUGGUUUUCGUAUUGGUUGCAUACAACAAAUAUAUCAUCACCCUAUGGCAUGAAAAUGUUGGUUCCUCUACCUUCUCCACUAGGCAUUGUUUGGCUGGGAAAACUAUAUUUAAUGCUGGCUUCAUUCUGUUUUGUUUCUAUGGGAAAUGGGGUGAACUUAACAGAUGGUCUUGAUGGGCUGGCUGGAGGAUCUGCUGCAUUGGCUUUUAUAGGAAUGUCGAUCGCAGUGCUUCCAAUAUGUUCAGACCUUGCGAUAUUUGGAGCGUCAAUGGCAGGAGCUUGUGUUGGUUUUCUUUUGCACAACCGAUAUAAGGCAUCAGUGUUCAUGGGUGAUACUGGAUCCUUGGCAAUUGGUGGAGGGUUAGCUGCAAUGGCUUGUUGCACGGGGAUGUUCUUCCCAUUGUUCAUUUCAUCUGGCAUCUUUGUCUUGGAAGCCUCAUCAGUUAUUUUGCAGGUUAUGUACUUUAAGACAACCAAGCGCUUGCAAGGUGCGGGUCGUCGGCUCUUCCGAAUGGCACCCUUUCAUCAUCACCUUGAACUAUGUGGACUUAAAGAACCAAUCAUUGUUGGUGGUGCCUAUAUAAUAUCGUCCACAUUAUCGUUAAUUGCUGCCUAUGUCGGUCUGAUAUCUGCUUAG